AAUUUAUAAUUUGUUCGCCAACAAAUCAUUUUUAUUUUAGACGCGUUUUCAAUUUUUACUUUUUUUGUAAUGGCUGCUGCGGAACAGGAUUUCAAUGAUUUGCUGGACAAUAUACUUUUAACAGAAGAGAAUAUAGUGCAAGAGGGUUACCAGGAAGGCUUAGAAGUGGGUCGUGCACGUGGGGAGAAAGAAGGUUAUGAGCUGGGCUACGAGCAAGGGCUACAGCUUGGCAAGGAAUUAGGUGAAAUUUACAGCAUUGUUGUGGCACAACAACAACACAAACACACUGAAAAGGUGCAACGAGCAUUACAACAAUUACGUACGAGCAUAGAUCAGUUUCCACGUGAUAAUAAUGCCGAAGCUGAUAUAAUUGGCAUGGUUGAGGAUAUACGCAAUCAAUACAGACGAGUGCGUGUGUUGACGGCAGGCAAGGUUGGAAACACAACUAAAAAAGUAGAAAACAACAGCAGUAGUGGUGGUGCGACAGAGGGAGCCAAAGAUUUUUCUUUUUAA